ACCAUGCCUUACGCCUGUUGCCUGCCCAGUGUGAGCUGCCGCUCCACCUGCUCCUCCCGGCCCUGCGUGGCCCCCAGCUGCCACAGCAGCAUCCUGCCCGGGGCCUGCAACAUCCCCGCCAACGUGGGCAGCUGCGGCUGGUUCUGCGAGGGUGCCUUCAAUGGCAGCGAGAAGGAGACCAUGCAGUUCCUGAACGACCGCCUGGCCAGCUACCUGGAGAAGGUGCGCCAGCUGGAGCGUGAGAACGCUGAGCUGGAGAACCGCAUCCGGGAGCGGUGCCAGCAGCAGGAGCCCUUUGUGUGCCCCAACUACCAGUCCUACUUCCGGACCAUUGAGGAGCUCCAGCAGAAGAUCCUGUGCAGCAAGUCGGAGAAUGCCAGGCUGGUGGUGCAGAUAGACAAUGCCAAGCUGGCCGCAGACGACUUCAGGACCAAGUAUGAGACGGAGCUGGGCUUGCGGCAGCUGGUGGAGUCGGACCUCAACGGCCUGCGCAGGAUCCUGGACGAGCUGACCCUGUGCAAGUCUGACCUGGAGGCUCAGGUGGAGUCCCUGAAGGAGGAGCUGCUGUGCCUCAAGCAGAACCAUGAGCAGGAAGUCAACACCCUGCGCAGCCAGCUGGGAGACCGCCUCAACGUGGAGGUGGACGCGGCCCCCACCGUGGACCUCAACCGCGUGCUCAACGAGACCAGGUGUCAGUACGAGGCCCUGCUGGAGACCAACCGCAGGGACGUGGAGGAGUGGUUCAUCACCCAGACCGAGGAGCUCAACAAGCAGGUGGUGUCCAGCUCGGAGCAGCUGCAGACCUCCCAGGCGGAGAUCAUCGAGCUGAGACGCACGGUCAACGCCCUGGAGAUUGAGCUGCAGGCCCAGCACAACCUGAGGAACUCCCUGGAGAACACGCUGACGGAGACCGAGGCCCGCUACAGCUCCCAGCUGUCCCAGCUGCAGUGCAUGAUCACCAGCGUGGAGUCCCAGCUGGCUGAGAUCAGGGGUGACCUGGAGCGGCAGAACCAGGAGUACCAGGUGCUGCUGGACGUGCGGGCCCGGCUGGAGUGUGAGAUCAACACGUACCGGGGGCUGCUGGAGAGCGAGGACUGCAAGCUGCCCUGCAACCCCUGUGCCACCACCAACGCAUGUGCCAAGCCCAUUGGACCCUGUGUAACCAAUCCCUGCACCCCUUGUGGCCCACGCUCCUACUGUGGGCCCUGCAAUACCUUUGGCUGCUAGAUGUCACCGAGACAGCAUGAAGACAGAUGGACCAACCAUCCACUGGCCAGCCUCGCUUCUCUGAGAACCAUCAGCCAUGGGACCCUGCAGCAGGCAUCACCGUAAACCACGGGCUGGAACAACAAGUGCUCCACACCCAGGCCCGCGGGAUGCUGUUCAUCUGAGGCCACUCGGCAG